AUCACAUGAAGAGAUAUCGAGCAGAAGACUAGGUGGGCUCUCUUCUCCAAAUCAAAUCUGCUGGAUCUGGUAUAAUUUUAAAAGCAGGACCCAUAUUUAAGAAGAAGCCUUAAAGAAGAGGGCUGGAGAGCAGCCCAUCUUGUUCAAGAAUGGCAGGAAAUCCUACAAAAUGUUCAAGCAUUAACAUACCACGAACUGUUUUCUCAUUAUGCAUCUUGAUUGUCCAGAUUGGUGCAUUUUCUUUACAGAAUUGCACGGUUCAAGAUGAGACUUUCCAGUUGAAAGUUCUAUGCUACAAAAUGGGCUUCUUUAAGGUUCCUGCAGAGAUACCCAACAAGGUCAAAUAUUUAGACAUUUCCUUCAACUCCAUUUCAGAAAUCCAAGUCAAAGACUUUGAGGACAUUUGGAACUUGAGUCAUCUGAACUCAUCGAACAACCACAUCUCAAGAAUACAAGACGGUACAUCUCAACAUUUUCCCAAUUUGACCAAUCUUAAUCUGGCCAACAAUAGGCUGAAAAGGCUGUCAGGAGGUCUGCUGCAGGGACUAACCAAGUUGCAGGCGCUUCGUCUUGAUGGUAAUGUAAUUGAAAGCAUCGACCCACAUGCUUUCAACACCGUUUCCAGUUUAAAGGUGUUGAACCUCACAAAAAAUAAGCUCCAGCAGAUUCACAGAGUCCAACCUGUGCUUGCAUCACCAAGUUUGGAAGAAUUAUUGGUUGGAAGCAACGGUUUUGACACAUUUAACUCAUAUGAGCUGUCAAGGAGAUCACUGACAGUGACAAAAAUGGAUUUUUCUAACAAUCCUUUGACUACCUUCCAAAUAACGGACAACAUUUUCUCUGUUCUAGACUACCUUGAUAUGUCACACUGUGGUCAAAAUACAUCAAUGCUGUGGAACAUUACAGACAAGGCCUUUCUGAAUUCAGUAAGAACACUUAACUUGAGUGGGGUCCACAUUCCAGGGGAGAGCAUAACUGCAUUACUUCAGAACUCAUCUUGGGCUUCACUGAAUAAGCUAAGAUUAAAUGAAAUCAAGGGGGUGAAAGUAGAAGCUCUUCUACAGGCUGCAUGCUCACCUGAACUUAACGUAUUACGUCUGAAGGGCAACAACAUCUCAACGCUGACCAAUUAUAUGUUUCAACACUGCUUCAACUUGACAGAGCUAGACUUAGCUGAUAAUGAAAUAUCUAUUGUUUCUGCACCUGUAUUCAAAGGACUAACACAGCUAAGGAAACUGCAACUACAGCUCAAUAGACUGUCCCAGGUCAACAAUUCAUUUCAAAUGAUCCCAACACUUGAGUUUAUAGACCUGAGUAGAAACAGAAUUGAUAAGCUAAGCUGUUAUGACUUUACCAAUUUGACACAGCUGACCCACCUCUACUUGUACGGCAACAGAAUUUCGGAAAUUAGAUCCUGCCUGUUCAAAGAUUUGCAGCAUCUUGAAAUCCUAAAGCUGGGAACUAAUCAUUUAUUGACUAUUGGCAGUGCUUUCGAACAUGGCCCACAAUCCUUGAUGGAGCUACAACUGGCAAACAAUAAGUUAAGCGCAGUCACAAAUGGAACAUUCAAGAGUUUGUCUAAUCUUAGAGUCUUGGACAUGUCUAACAAUCAGAUUUUCGAGAUUGAAGGCCAAGCAUUCUCAGGGCUUAUAAACUUAGCUCAUCUGCAACUUUCUUCAAACAGGAUAACAGAGGACACGAUUAAAAAAGAUCCAACAGUGUUUUUAGGCAUGCCUAAGUUAGAACUGCUGGAGCUGUUCAGCAAUUUCAUUCAAUUUAAGGAAACUACGUUGCACCUACCUCCUUUUGUACAUUUAAAGUCACUCAAAAUUCUGUCUAUUCAUAGUCAACGACGGGGUGUAGGUAAAAUACCUUCAAACCUGCUUCAAGGUUUAAGCUCCUUGAAAAUGUUCUACGGUGGAAGCAUGGACCUUCAAUAUCUGCAUCCCGAUACGUUUAACUCCACCCCUAAACUGUGGUUUUUGGACCUCUCAAAGAAUGCAUUUGGAAAUGAGCAGUCAAUCUCUGCAGAAGUUUUCCAUCCCAUACAGCAGCUGACAAAGCUCAUCCUCAAAAGGUCUCAGCUUCAUUCCCUCAAUUUCCUGUUAGAUGCAAACCUCUCCAGACUGUCAGUCUUAAGAGCUUCUGAAAAUACACUAGAUGUCAUCAACAAGACAUUGAUUCAGUCUCUGCCUCGGCUGAGGUACCUUGACCUGGAAAAAAACACCUUCACUUGUGACUGUAGCAAUGCUUUCUUCAUUGACUGGGCUAUGAAAAAUAACAAUACCCAGGUUGUCUACCUGAGCAAGUACGCUUGCAGCUACCCACCUUCACUAAGAGGCAAGUACCUUGCAGACCUCAAUACUGACUCUUGUAGUGUGAAUGUGGAUUUUAUCUGCUUUGUCUGCAGCUCUGCUGUUGUCAUCAUCACCCUUUUGGUCUCUUUUGUCCAUCACUUCCUGUACUGGCAAGUGAUCUAUGCAUACUACCUAUUCCUUGCCUUUGUGUAUGACAGCAAGAAGAAACAGAUGCACCACCAACAUGAGUUCCAGUAUGAUGCCUUUAUUUCCUACAACGCCCAAGAUGAACCAUGGGUUGUUGAGGAGCUAGUGCCCAAUCUGGAGGGUGAUCAGGGCUGGAGACUGUGUCUACAUUACAGAGACUUUGAGCCAGGAAGACCCAUCAUGGACAACAUCAUGGACGGAAUAUACAGCAGUCGUAAGACCAUUUGCUUGAUCACCCACAAUUACUUGAGGAGCAACUGGUGUUCCAAAGAAAUUCAGAUGGCUAACUUCAGGCUUUUUAAUGAUCAGAAGGAUGUGCUGAUCCUGGUAUUCCUGGAGGAUAUUCACACCUGCCAUCUGUCUCCUUACUAUCAAAUGCGUAAGCUGGUGAAGAAGAAAACCUACCUUAAAUGGCCCAAACCUGGAGAUGAUACCAGGGUCUUCUGGCAGAAACUGAGACAGGCUUUAGAGACCAAGGAAGACGCAGACAAGCAGAACAUUAUUCUUUCUGGAGAAGAACAGUCUUACAUCAAGGAUUGUAAUGUGAAGGAAUAAUAAGGAGGAGUAACAAGACCUAUGUCAGCAGCAUCUUACAGGCUUCUGAAUCUAAAGGGGGUCCAGAAGGAGCUGACUUGGUGUCUCUUCUUCAAACAGCAGGCCUCUAUGCUUUACGCCUCUGCUUUGACCUCUAUUGACCUCCAUCCUGACUCCCUUUCUCUACACAGAAGGUUAUAAUAACUGCUCUCUCUGCACUGCUGGAGAAUACAGAAGAAAACUGUCACCGCUGUCUGAACUACUUUCUUGGAAUUGUUGGGAAAUUUACAACAAGCAGGUUCUCAAUUUUCAUUAUCUUUCAAACUAGUAACUCAAACUGCUGGUGUUCUGCCACCUAUGUUCUACCAUGGCACAUAUUUAGAACAUUGUCUAAAAGUCUAUAUUUGAGGCAUAUAGACGCUCGAAAGAGAGUAAAAUGUUGGAAAAUGUUUAUUCUGUUUUCAAUGAGCUAUUUGUGUCUACUUUUAGAGCUUCUUGAUCUAUUCCUGCUGUCCUUCAGAAAAGCCUAAUUUUGGACUACAUUUUCCAUUCAAUAGGGAAUCUCCAUUUAGAAUGCUAUAUAGUCCAGGCUGUGUAGUCCAGCCUUAAUCCCUGUUCAGCAAAACGACCCUAUGAGUAGAAGCUGUUACUGUUCAAAAAUCUCUGAUUGUGGCUUCCACAUCAUUUAUAUUUUUUAUAUUUUAAACUUUCUUAACUGUACAACACCAAUGUGCAUUAUUCAUGUUAUCCAUGGCCACACCUUUAUGUCUUCUUUGAAUACUCCAGAAUAUUUCAGAAACUGCUUUACUUAUGCAAGCAAGUAAAAUUGUGAGGA